AUGUACGCCGUCGAGGAAAGGUCCCAUCCAGUCCCGCCGCCACCACCUCCUCUCUCUAUGGAUCGCAUUCCUCCUCCGUCCUCUGCAUAUCCGACCCCAGGUUCAGCCGGUCCGAUGCGAUCUGCGGACCACCUUGCCUCGGUUUCGACCAUCCACGAGGGCCGCAUCUGGUCUCUUCAGGUGGUGCAACAGCCUAUUCGAGCUCGCAUGUGUGGCUUUGGCGAUAAGGAUCGAAGACCAAUCACGCCUCCCCCCUGCAUCCGCUUGAUAGUCAGAGAUGCACAAACUGAAAAAGAGAUCGAUAUUAAUGAGAUUGAUACGUCCUUCUACGUUCUCACGGUCGAUCUGUGGAAUGCAGAUGGAACCAGCGAAGUGAACCUUGUCAAACACUCGGCCACCUCGCCAUCAAUAUCGACAGCAAUGUCCUCAUCAUACCCGCCACCUCCGCAAAAUCUUUCUCCUACUUAUCCCGCCUUCGCACAGAACCCGUACGGCCAGCCCGUCGGAUACCCGCAGAUGAACAAUUAUUACGGGGGCAAUCCUCAGUUAGCGUAUCAAUACGGGGCCAAUCCACAGGCUUCCUACUAUCCGCCGUAUUACGCUGGAGGUCAGAUGCCCCCGGCUGGCAUGUCACCUGCGCAGCAGCCAGUUACGGCGGGGCCCGGUGGCAUGUUCACACGCAAUCUCAUCGGAAGUCUCAGCGCCAGCGCCUUCAGACUCACUGAUCCCGAUAACAAGAUUGGGGUAUGGUUCAUUUUGCAAGAUUUGAGUGUGCGAACCGAGGGAACCUUCCGUUUGAAGAUGAGUUUCGUCAACGUCGGCACACAGUCUGGCGACUCCACAAACAAUACGCCUGUGAUCAAUCACGGUUCUGCCCCCGUUCUCGCUUCCGUCUUCUCCGAGCCGUUCCAGGUCUUCUCCGCUAAGAAGUUCCCGGGCGUCAUUGAGAGCACGCAGCUAAGCAAGUGUUUUGCUCUUCAGGGCAUCAAGAUACCUAUUCGUAAAGACGGUGUCAAGGGUCCUCGGGGGCGUGGUGGUGACGGUGAUGACGACGGUGAUGAUUACGAAUAG